AUGAACAAUGCCAUCCCAAUGGCUCUGCGGCCUGCAGCGCGCGCCGCCCACCAGUGGAACACGGUGACCUCGGCCUUCGCCCGCCGAUACUCGUACUGCAAUACCCAGCCCUCGUGCUUCACAUCGGCUUCUUCGUCGCCUGUAAUCUCAGCUAUACGAUCGCGUAGCUCGCCUCGUCCGAUCCGAUCCUUCUCGACGACCCCUCGAAUCGCCGCGAAAGUUGAUGAUUCAAAUUUGACGCACCAGGACAUCAUACCACCUCAGCAAGGACUCCCACAGCGAAAACGAACAGUUCAGAUUGGUCAUUUACCAGGUGGACGUGUUUCUGACGGGCAGAUACGAAGCAUCUUUGGGGGAAGGAUCUCUGGUCAUGACGGCAACAGCGUCCUACGCAUCCUACACCACCGUCGUACAUCUGGCUCGCUUGCCGACUACGGCGUCGACAACCUCGGCGACAAAUAUAACGUGAGCCGUGCCCAGGCGAUCAAAGCCCUAGACUGGCUGCGCAGCAAGUUUCCUAUAGACGAAGCGCGUGCGGCAGAAGCCUGGGCAGAGAAGGAAGCGAACCGCAUAGCGUACGAGCUCUGGCUAGCAGACCCCGAGAAUGACAGCAAAUAUAAGGAUCCCGCGAGGAUAUACAGGGAGCAGCAGAAGAAGGAGGCCGAGGAGCGGGAACAGGAGGCUGAGCAGCAGGAGAGGUCGCAAUACGGCAUUCUGCGCACUGGCAAAUCUCAAUUCGAGAUCGCUAUCCAAGAGAAGCGGAGACAGCGAUUAGAAGAGAUCACGAAAAAGGCAGAGGAGAAGGAGGCAAGAGCGGUAGAAGAGGAGAAGAUGCUCGCAACGGGCGAAUGGGUGCGAACACCUGGCGGAACGCAGCUCAUGAAGCCUGGUCAAGACACAUACGUGGACGUCUUUGGGCGGGAGCAGGUCAGUCGGAGAAAGGAGAUGAUGGAAAAGUAUUCAAAGGAAUCGGAAACAGAAUUCAAAGACGAGGGGGAAAUGCUCUCCAAAACGACCCUCGCACAACGUCUCUACCCCAUGACCGCCUUCGUCUUCGUUGUCUGCCUCCUCUCCUUCGGCUUCGGUCACUGGUAUGAACCCCCCGCCGAUGAAUACCGCCUCUGGCCCGAUCUCUCUCCCUCCACCGCCACCCUCGCCGGCCUCCUCAUCGCAAACGCCCUCGUCUGCAUCGCCUGGCGCUGGACCCCCUUCUGGCCCAUCCUGACCCGCUACUUUAUGCACGUUCCCGGCUAUCCGCGCGCCAUCCAGGCCGUCACCAACGUCUUCUCGCAUGUGCAGUAUGAGCACCUCUUCGGUAACAUGAUGAUGCUUGCGCUUGUCGGACCAGUAGCACAUGACCUCGUUGACCGCGGUAUCUUCAUGGGCACAUAUGUGUCUGCCGGUGCCGUUGGUACCUUAGUAAGCCUCUACUGGGCGAAUCUGGGUAAGGGAAAUAUCACAGCCCAUUCUGUCGGCGCGUCCGCUGCAAUCUGGGGUAUCAGUGCCCUGUACUGCCUCCUCACCGACCAGGAGAGCGUCAAGAUACCGUUCGUGAAAGACAUGGAAGUUGGGUUCUACCCGAAGAUGUUGCUAGCUGCGUUCGUUGUGUGGGAAAUCAUGAUGGCGCGGCGCAAGGGGCCUAGCACGAUGGAUCAUGCAAGUCAUUUUGGAGGGUUGGCCGCUGGUGUCGGUGUUGCGGGGUAUCUGCAUGCUACUGGGUUUCAACAGCGGAGGGCGGCGAAGUUGCAAGAGGAGGCUGGUGGGGAGGCUAAGACGGUGGAUGUGGGGAAGAUGGUGAAGGAGGAGGCGAAGGAAGUCAAAGACGCGGUUGCGAAGGCUGUUAAGAAGGAAUAG